AUGGCAGAUCAGGCAGAGCUCGCAUUUGUAAAGAACUUUAUCAAUACACUCGCUUCACAGCCCAUUGUGUUCAACGAUGAUUUCCAACAACCGCCAGAGAACACGCUGAAGAGGGUCCCGGUGCUGCAGGUCGAGGUGCCUUCGCCGCCAGAACGGAAGGUUGACUUGGCGGAGUCCGUCGGAAUCCUCCAAGUGACCUUUAAAUCCCUCAAGCCCCCUUUCUCCAUCUCCGUCUCUGUAUCGCCCGCAGACCCGAUCUCCUCUAUCAAGACACAGAUCGCUGCAGAACCUCGUGCUCCCCCAGCCGACGCCCAACGUCUGCUAUUCAAAGGCAAGGCCCUCGCGGACGCCAAAUUGCUGAAGGAAUAUACUAUUAAGGACGGAGACAUUGUGAACCUAAUGGUUAAACCAGGGUUCGAAUGGGACCCUUCGAAGGAGUCGCUGAAGGAACCAGCCUCCGAAGGCACGAGCGAUGCGCGCCUGAGUCCUAACCCGUCAGGGAAGAAGCGUGGCCACGGACGUAUACCCUCUGUUGUCCUCUCUCCAACCCCGUCCUCGCCAUCCGACAAGCCUCAAGAUAUCCCUCUCGUCCUCGACACGGGUAUCACGUUGUCCGCUGACAUGCCAUCCGAAAGCUCGCCGCUUCCCCAGUCGACAUAUCGCUCCAUUAUAUCUAAGCCAGAGUUCUGGGAGAAGCUCCAUUUCUUUCUCAGCGGGGAAUUCCAUACUCGCAGCGACGCGUCCACCGCGUUCGAAGACUUCCUAAAUGCAAGCAAGGGCGUCCUCACCGUCAGCGAGAUUGCCAAAAUUCGAGACCAUGUCGGCGUUGUGGGCAUGGCGGGUACGUGAUCGAGCCGCUGGUAUAGAGAAGGCGUCGAAGGAAACUGCUUGGGCAUGAUAGUUGGGACUCGGGGCACCAGGAAGCUUCAUUUGUAUUGUAUAUGGGAUCGAAUCUCGCAAUUCAACGUGCUAUCACAUUUACCUAGUUCGCCCAUGUAUAUUGUUCCGCAGAUGCUCAGUGACAGUCCAAAGAAUUUGGCACUUAUCUUGU